UAUACCAUGGCAGAAUUACUGCGGAUGCUUGUCCUACUAGGAGAAAAAGCAGGGAACCUGGCCCGCAUCAUCAGAGCAGAGAAGGCUCUCUUUGAGUUGCUGGUUGAGGAGAAAACUGGAGAAGCCAAGAACAAGCGAUUCAUCCAGGAUUUCAAGACGCUCGGUGAUGUCCUCAUUCAAGAGAUGAUCAGACAUGACGUAGGAGAAAAGUUCCCCGGUAUGAGAGACCACAUCUUUGGGGAAGAGAGCAACAUGUUUACCAACACUGCCGGCGAGAGCGUUGAGGUCUCCAUCCAACCAACUCCCGAGGAGACCAAAUUUCUGCUUACCAGAGUCCUUGAUGAGAACCAAAAAGCUGCGGCUCUGCUCGCCGAGGCCUUGCACGCGACCCUUGACACCAAGCUGGAUUCUGCGUUACUAGAUUUGACCUUUGACCUUGAUGUUGAGAAGAUGGGAAUUUGGAUUGAUCCCAUAGAUAGCACAUCAGAGUAUAUCAAGGGUAUUGAGGAUGCAGAGCCAGAGAAUGGUGUGUAUCACUGUGGCCUUCAAUGUGCUGUAAUCUUGAUAGGUGCCUUUCACCGUGAGACAGGAUCACCAGUCUUAGGGGUUGUCAAUCAACCUUUUGCUAGACAGGACCCAGAAACAAAGAGUUGGACAGGCCAAACUUUCUGGGGUGUAAGCCACGGGGACAUCCACUGCAACUCAAUCACCUCAUCUCAGGUCAGCUUAAACACCCCUACAACUCGCAAUGGACUUACCUUCGUAAUGAGUUCAAGCGAAGAUGCCCAAACAAAGGACGCUCUAUCUUCCCUCGGAAGAGUCCACUUUGCCAGUGGGGCAGGGUACAAAAUCCUGUGUGUGAUCGAGGGACACGUUGAUGCCUAUAUUCUCACCAAAGGAAGUACUUUCAAAUGGGACACGUGCGGACCUCAAGCCAUUUUGAAGUCCUUCGGGGGAGGCAUUGUCAACAUCCGAAGGUGGAAGUCGUUGAGUAAUGACGCAGAGAACAGGAAUUUUCUAGCUAGUGCCAGUUUGGAGUAUCACAAACCGGAUCCAGAGGUAAGGGACUCGUUGGGUGAGAAGUGGAGCAACUCCGGAGGUAUAAUAGCCUACAGGAAUCCAGAUGUGCUGGAGAAGAUCCAUGGUGCCUUGCAGAUAUGAAGCCCUCAGAAGAGAUUAGGGCUUCAUUCCACAAAUGAUUGUGAUUCAUUUUUUCAUGCAACUAUGGAAAGCCAGUGACACUGUCAUAAAAUAUGUUUCUUCAAAUUGUGUAAUUAGGACAAACAUUUUUGCUCUUAUCACUGCUUUUACUAUUUAAGACAGAUCCAGUUGAUUGCAAUUAUGGAAAGCCAGGGAUGUCCUAAUCUAGAAUGUAUGCCAAUUGAAAGAGAUUUCAUAUAACAAACACUUGAUCCUUUGGUUAUCAUUAAAAACAAAAAAUCUCAUUAAUCUGAAGAGGAGCCUGUGAUUCUGCCCUCUCUGAAUGUGACUAACACAUGGCUUUCCAUAGUUGACAGUGAUUAGAUGUGUCAUUAAUUCAUGACAUACUGCAUUUUGUGCCUCACUUGAAAUUUUGCAAAAGAGCAUUGCACUCAUAGACUAUUUACAAAGCACAAUAGGGUCAUGUAAGACAAAGCUGAUCCUACGACUGAUUUUUACAAUUGAUUGUACACUUUAGUGAAUGCAAUCAAUCAUAAAAUUAUGUCCUUAUAAUCAAAGGCUGAUAUUUGUGUUACUGACCAUAGAUUUCAAUAAAGCAGGCUUGCCAAAUGCCUUCAUUUUUCCAUUGAAACUUGCCUCUUUAUGGAAAAGAAAUUUGAUUUUAACUUUGAAAAUCCUGUUUUGAUAUUCUCAUGAAAAUCUGUCUCUAAUUUGAAUAGGAAAUAAAAAUCUUCCUAUUAUAAAAUUAUAUUUAUUCUUAGAAAAAAUAGAUACAUAUUAGCAAAAUUAAUCGAAUACAUGCCCUUGAUGGCUUUUUAAAUAUCUGAUCCCUUAAUUGCUUUCAAAUUGAUUCCAAAGAGAUUAUAAUCUUUGAAAUUUCAUACAUCUGUAGUAUUUCAGUGUGCUCAAUAGAAUUUUCCAAAUAACAUUUUGAUUUUUAUAUUCCAUUUUAACUCUAGAUGCAUUCCAAAGUGCUAGUAUAUGUAUGUGUAUGUAGAAUUUUCAGUCAACUCAUUUUAUUUUUUAUUUUGUACAGUAGAUGUAUAGCGUGAUUUGGCUGUUGUACCCAUUAUGAAAUGUUAUGAUUUAAUUUAUUAAUCAAUAUCCUUGUAAUGAAUGAUCAGAAAACUUGUAAAAAACGGAAUUCAUCCAUUCAUGCAGUCCAAUAAAAGAAAACAAUAUAUUGGAUUCAAGGUAAGGCAAUAAAUUGUAAAAUUUAAAAUUGAAAAAUAAAUACAUGUAACUGUCAUUGCAUUGUUAAGAUAUUUUUAAUAUAUUUAUUAUACAUAAUGAAGAAAGUUAUGAUACCAUUUUUAUACCUUUGAAAUUGACAUUAAAUAUCAUUUUUAAUGUGAUGUACCUGUCAAGUCUUGAGGGUUGGGGUUACUCCUAUGGGGGAAAAAAUAAAGGACAUUGAUAAGGAGGUAAACUAAUAUCAAUGAGAAUAAUAAGUCUGUUCACGGUUGUAAACUGCGCACGAGCAGUAAAAGGUCAUUUGAGAUAAACCAUGAAGGUGGUUUUCAAAUUCACUGACAUAGGCAUUUGUGAUUUCAUGAUCAUUCAUGUAUUCCUUUUUAAAUAUUCUUUUCAUUACGUCCAAGCUGAAGAGUAACAAUGUCUUCGUAAUCACUGGUACAUGUAUUUGUCAGUAGACCAAACAAUAGUAAAAUGUGCCAAAAGCAGACAAUUAAACAAACAGAUUUCCAAACUUUCCCCCUGAUGUACUAUUCUAGUCACCUGGUCUAUACAAUUCCUUUCGUUCUUAGAGUUUGAAUGCUUUGCCGGGAAAGCUUGCGCAACAACUUCAUUUGAAAAUGUUAGUGCUCAUCCGAAUGAAAACUUGCAAUGGUCAUUUGAGAAAAGUUGAUCAUGAGCUAACCUUUAAGUGGCUUAUUGAUAUUGCAAUGCAGGUUACUCUGUCUAUUAUGGAGGGUCGACUUUAGCAGAGUUUACUAUAUUUUUUUGAGCAUGCAAUAAUAUUUAUCUUUAAAAAUGCUUAUUCACUCACACUUCAACACACCUUGCUUUGACAUUUAUACCUCAAAUGCUGCUUGGAAACCAAGGAGUUGAUUCCUAGCAACUAGAAUAUUUAAAAUACAAAGUGAUGAAGAGUUUCGAUUUUUCAAUUUUUAUUUCAGGCCAUCUUCGGAAACUAAUUUAUUGACUGAGACUCUAUUUUUAGUAUUCUUCAACACUAAAAAGUUGGUAAUAAUAAAUUUUAUUCUAUUUAAUAUUUCUCAGUUUUAUUAUUUUUGGGGAGAGAAAUCAAAUAGGAAUUGUAUUCCUUGGGUAUAUUACCUUAAAGAUUGUAUGUCAUCAUCAUAUAGAACAAUGGCUAUUGCUAUAUACCAUCACCUUUUUGUUCUUAUCCUGCUGAAAUCAAUUUUAAUAGUAUUCAAAUUUAAAAAUCAUGGUUAAAUUAAGAAUUGUUAGAAAUGUGUUUGUAAUAGAAAGAAAUGAGUCAUGGUUUAUUAUAACAAAACACAAAGAUGUUGAUCCAGUAUUGACAUUUGUAAUAACUAGUGAUGCCUUUGAAAUAUGUGAGGGAUGUUGGAAACAAUCAAACAUUCUGUGUCCAUUUUCAUGGCAUAAUUAUUUAUCUCCUCAUGAUAGAAAAAAUGCCUUAAGGAAAAUAAUCAGUAGAAUCCUUAAAGUGAUUUCAUCUCUGAGAGUGCAGGAGAAGAGAAUACAAAAAUGCAUUGAUUUUCUUAUCAUUAUAGCUGUGUGUGAUGAAGUACUGUACCUUUUCAGUUUGCAAAUAUAGUCAUGUUUUUAAUAAUUGUGUUUUUAUUGUUAUUUAAGAAGUAAAAUACACCAAAAUAGUGUAUUGAAUCUCAGGAGCUACCUAGCUGAGUUAACUUUUAAUAUGCUAAUCAUGGUUCAUUUUAAUUCCCAGCUUUGAAAUGCACCGUUUGCAUGUAGAAUACUACAGUGUACAUGAAUAUUUAAAAUGUGUGUUAUGAAUGCAUGCAGGACAUGCAUAGAGUUGUUCUCAAAAUAUACAUUACAUUGUACAGCUGUGAAAUGUGUAUUUUUAUCCAAAAUUUAUUUAUUUUUAGUGGAAUAUUUUUUGAAUUACAUUAUGUAUCUGCAUAUUUCAGUCAGAAGUAAGUAAAUUGUGUGCAAAAUAUUUUCCCUCUUUGUAGCCUAGAUCAGAUUGCAGAUAACUUUAUAAGGAGUAGUACUUGUCAAGCAACUUGGUUUUAAUCAUAAUAGCACCGGUAAGCAAGGGCAGAAAUCUCUCCCCAAAGGUAGGGGGACCAGGGGCUGGACAAUUUUACAAGCAAAAAAAAAAAAGCUUAUCACUCCAAAAGUAAGGUCAUCUCGUCCAAAAUACAUGUUUUAAUUCGAUUUUGAAUGAUGUAUUUCUUUCCAUCAUAAGAGACCAAAAAUAGUAGGGGGGACAUUUGAUAUUGUGUCCCCCCCCCCUACUAUUUUGGGUAGGGGGGGGACGCGUCCCCCUGGGAUUUCCGCCAAUGCCGGUAAGUAUAUUAUUUUGUAUAAGAAAUGAGGUAUGUGUAUGAAUAAUUUGAGUUAUCACAAAUAUUUAUUUAUUAUAAAUUAACACAUUAAAGUAGCCCAUAAUUUCAGUUGGGAGAUGUCAGGAGACACUUACCUUUUUCUUGAUCAAGACAAUCUGUCUUUCAGAGUAGAAAAGUAGAACUUAGAUAACACAUCACACAGUGUCUAUCUAUAUUGCACGGUACAGAUAGCAUCUAUGAUGAGUGGGGAAUACAUAGCUGUAAAGUGCUUUGGAAUGUUUUAAAUAUGAAAUUUGAAUAUUAUCAUCGUCACAGUUAUUAUUGUCAUUGCUGGAAGUGUGCACUUUAAGUAA